CAGCCAGGGUCCUGGCUGAUCUGCUUCUGGAGGCGAGGGCCGCGCCUCUUCUCCCCACUGGACUGCACGCAGCUGGGCCCGAGCAAGGCACGCGCGGGUCUGGCGCACUCAGAAAGGUAGAGGAGAGUUUAAUUGUGUUCCGCUUUUGAUCUUCUGCGGGAGGUUAAGUGUGGUGAGCCUGGGAGGCGUGCUGUCUGCCCUUCCUGCUGGAAGAUUUUCGGGUGGAGAGUGAGGAUAACCCUAACCUGGGGUCGUGAAAGAAAAUCAUGGCGGGGGCCACACAGCUGCCCGGCAUCUCCGCCAGAGCCCAGCGAGCGUACACUCUUGGGCCCCCAAGGUGUCGCUGGCUGUCAGGAAACUGGAACCAAGGAGGAGAUGCGACAGUGAAGACAGCAGGAGAACAGCAAGGAGAGCCCCUCUCCCUCGGAGCGAGGAUCCUGCCCACAUCUCCGCCUUGGACUCCGGCCCCAGAACUGGGAGGAGAUAAACAUUCUUUGCUGAGGCCGCGCAGUCCGGGGUGCUUUGUUCCCGGGUCCCCCGGGCCCACACGGCGCCCACAGUGUAGGUGCCCUGCAGUGCUCACCACACGAGCUCUUCAGAGCUGCUGGACGAAGUCCAAUGAGCCGCUCCAGCCUGGCCGACUUCAGGGCUGCGGUCGAGGCCCUGCCCUGGGGAAAGGUGCACAGCAGGAGAUCUGGGUUCCCUGGUCCAGGCACAGCCGUGUGACUGCUGCGGCCACCGCGGGGUCACUGUCCGAGACGCUGCCUGUGUUCCUCCUCGCCUGCUGCACCACGGUCCCUGGCCUUGGUAGGGCAGUAGCCCAGCACAACAAUGACCCUGGGUUCUGCACAAAGCAUGGCACAAACAAAACCUAAGAAUAAAAU